UAAAACCCCGGCAUUUCUAGGGUUCUUGGGUCGGGGCCAUGGCGCGGGAGGCGGAUGCGUCGUUGGGCUACCUCACGCGCAAGGAGACGGAGGUAAAGCUGCCGCGGCCGACGCGCGUCAAGAACAAGACGCCGGCGCCAGUCCAGAUCACCGCCGAGCAGAUUCUUCGGGAGACUCGCGAGCGCCAGGAGCCCGAGAUCCGGCCGCCCAAGCAGAAGAUCACCGACAAGCAGGAGCUCGACGAGUACCGCCUCCGCAAGCGCAAGGAGUACGAGGAUCUCAUCCGCCGGGUACGCUGGAACAUUGGGGUGUGGGUCAAGUACGCCCAGUGGGAGGAGUCCCAGAAGGACUUUAACAGGGCGAGGUCGGUGUGGGAGAGAGCUAUCACGGUCGACUACACGAACCAGACGCUAUGGCUCAAGUAUGCCGAGAUGGAGAUGAGGAACAAGUUCGUGAACCACGCCAGGAAUGUAUGGGACAGGGCCGUGAAUUUACUGCCCCGGAUCGACCAGCUCUGGUACAAGUACAUCCAUAUGGAGGAGAUGAUGGUGAACAUCGGUGGUGCUCGCCAGAUUUUCGAGAGAUGGAUGCUCUGGGAGCCCGACCACCAUGGCUGGGCCGCGUAUAUCAAGUUCGAGCUCCGGUACAACGAGGUGGAGCGGGCACGUGGGAUUUACGAGAGAUACGUCCGCUGUCUUCCCACCGUCAAGGCGUGGAUCCGGUUCGCGAAGUUUGAGUUUAAGAACGGGGACGUGACGAGGGCCCGGGAUUGCUACCACCGAGCGGUGGUGGAGCUCGGCGAGGAUGGUCAGACCGAGGAGCUAUUUGUAGCGUUUGCCAACUUUGAGGAGCGGUGCAAGGAGUUUGAGAGGGCCCGGGCUAUUUACAAGUACGCUCUGGACAACAUACCGAAGUCGCAGGCGGAGGAGCUGUACAAGAAGUUUGUGGCUUUUGAGAAGCAGCACGGGAACAGGGAGGGUAUCGAGGAUGUGAUUGUGAGCAAGCGAAGGUUCCAGUACGAGGAUGAAGUCAAGAAGAAUCCACUCAACUAUGAUUUCUGGUUCGAUUAUAUUCGGCUGGAGGAAAGUGUUGGGGACAAGGAUAGGAUUCGUGAGGUCUACGAGCGAGCCAUUGCAAACGUGCCUCCUGCGGAAGAGAAACGGUACUGGCAACGAUACAUAUAUCUCUGGAUCAAUUAUGCUCUGUAUGAAGAACUCGAGGCUGAAGACAUGGAUCGUACCCGGGAUGUUUACAGUGCUUGUCUGGGCAUCAUACCGCACAAGAAAUUUACAUUCGCAAAACUCUGGUUAAUGGCUGCCAAGUUCGAAAUCAGGCAGAAAAAUCUGACUGCUGCUCGAACGAUUCUAGGAAAUGCAAUCGGGAAGGCACCCAAGGACAAGAUAUUUAAAACGUAUAUCGAGAUAGAGCUCCAGCUUGGGAACAUGCACAGGUGCAGGGCGCUAUACGAAAGAUACCUUGAAUGGGCUCCCGCUAAUUGUUACGCAUGGAGUAAAUAUGCUGAUCUAGAGCAAUCACUUGGAGAAACUGAAAGGGGUCGGGCCAUUUUUGAGUUGGCAAUAUCGCAGCCUGUCCUUGACAUGCCCGAGCUUUUGUGGAAGGCGUACAUUGACUUCGAAAUCAACGAGGGGGAGAACGAACGCACGAGGGAGCUCUACGAGAGAUUAUUGGACAGGACGAAGCAUCUGAAGGUGUGGCUAAGCUACGCCAAGUUUGAAGGGGGCGUGAGACUGGAAGAGGAAUCCGUAGCUCAAGGAGAAGAAAGGGAAAUCAAUCAGGACGUCUUGAGAGAACAAGCGUCGCAGCGAGUCCGGCGGGCUAGAGGCGUCUAUGAACGAGCAUUCGAGUACUUUAGAUCUUCAGCCCCGGAGCAAAAAGAGGACAGGAAGAUGCUGCUCGACGAAUGGCAACAAAUGGAGGAAAGCUUCGGUGACCUUGGCGAUGCUGCUACGGUGAAGAAGAAACAACCGAGGACUGUCAAGCGGAAGCGACCGAUAGCGCAGGAGGACGGGACGUUUGCUGGGCAAGAGGAGUUCUACGACUAUAUAUUCCCAGACGAGACCUCGAUGGCUCCCAAUCUCAAGAUACUGGAAGCCGCUUACAAAUGGAAGAAGCAAAAGACAACGAUCGAGGACAACGAUUGAGGUGUUGUUUUGUCCUUGUCCGUCAGAAUUCUCGGAUUGUACACUCUUUCUAACAUGUAGCUCGGCUGAAAACGAAAGAAGCCAAAGAUCAAGCUACGUUCUAAAGGGCCAAACAUGUAUUCAUACAAAUUUUGAUGUUCUGGGUUU